GCCAGUGGGAAGAUGAAACAGCCUUAAGAAGAAAUUAGAGAAAAGGUUGUUUCAUGACAACACCAAGCUGAGAGGAUGGAGGAGCCAGCGCCCGCAGAGCCAGCGCCCGCACAGCCAGUGCCCGCAGAGCCUACAACACUAUUGGCAGCAGCAGCACCAGCAACUAUAACUGACGAUGCAACUGAGAGGAUGGAAAAGUCCGGAAUUGAUGAAGCAUCCAGAAAGGAUGCAGCAGCAGCAGCAACACCGCCAACAAGAACUGGAACUGUUGCAUCUACUUUUCAGGACAUGGUUACCUUCUUAAAAUCUCCAACGGGUGAAAGAUAUAUAAUACUUGAGAUUUUCAUCCUUGCUGCCAUGACACUGCUGCUUUUCCUUCUAUAUCAAAAGGAACUAAAAAGAAGGAUGGAGUUUCAAAUGGCAAUGGAUAUCAUUCGGACCUUUGUUGUUGGGCUUGAUACAAUCCAUGAAGACAAGGAUGACUUCGGAAUACUCGCUGUAGCUCAAAACGUAUCAGACGAAUUGCUGUAUCUUGCCAACAAAAAUGAUGAACUGCAAAAAGAAAUUGACCUCCUUAUUGGAAACUUGAAUGACGGUUGGAUUAUAUAUCAAAGGACUUUCUAUUUGUUGUCUCGUGACCAAGAUUCAUGGGCGAAUUCCCAAAAAAAGUGUGAGAGGGAAGGCGCCAAGCUCCUUUCUAUGGAAACAUAUCAAGAACAGUAUUUUAUAAACAGGCAAGUACAAAAUCGUGAGAAGUUUUUUUGGUUUGGAGUCUUUAAAGACAACAAAGCGAAAUGGAGAUGGCUGUCAGGAGUAGAGGCUUUAGUCACGUAA